UUGGGCAUCCCUGUCCGACUCCUGCACGAGAGCCUGGGCCACAUCAUCACGGUCGAGACAAAGGGAGGGUACUCGUACCGCGGCCAGCUCUACGACGCCGAGGACAGCCUGAAUGUCGCCAUGAAGGACAUCACCGUCACGGCGCGCGAUGGCAAGCAAUCGAAGCUCGAAACUGUCUACAUCCGAGGCUCCAUGAUCCGGUUCAUCGUGGUACCAGACAUGCUGCAGCAGGCGCCCAUGUUCAAGCGGGUCGGGCCGAAUGCGAUGAAGGGCCGAGGUAUCGGAAGCGCCCGAGGUCGCGCGACAAUCAUGCGAGCUCAGAGCAGGCGUGGUCGCGGUGGUGCU